UUUCUAGGUGCUGGCAAAACCCCAACCCUGGGUGGCGGCUUCCACGUGAACCUGGGAAAGGAGUCGAGAGCACAGACCCUGCAGAACGGGAGGCGUCAGAUCCAUCACCUGGGGAACCAGCUGCAGCUGAACCAACACUGCCUGGACACAGCCUUCAACUUCUUCAAGAUGGCCGUGAGCAAGCACCUGACCCGCGGCCGGAAAAUGGCCCACGUGAUCGCGGCCUGCCUCUACCUAGUGUGCCGGACGGAAGGCACACCGCACAUGCUCCUCGACCUCAGCGACCUGCUCCAGGUGAACGUUUAUGUGCUGGGGAAGACGUUCCUUCUCUUGGCGAGAGAGCUCUGCAUCAACGCGCCAGCCAUAGACCCCUGCCUGUACAUCCCGCGCUUCGCCCACCUGCUGGAGUUUGGCGAGAAGAACCAUGAGGUGUCCAUGACGGCCCUGCGGCUCCUGCAGCGGAUGAAGAGGGACUGGAUGCACACAGGCCGGCGCCCCUCGGGCCUUUGCGGGGCAGCACUUCUAGUGGCAGCCAGGAUGCACGACUUCCGGAGAACUGUCAAAGAGGUCAUCAGUGUGGUCAAGGUCUGCGAGUCCACGCUGCGGAAAAGGCUCACGGAAUUUGAGGACACUCCCACCAGCCAGCUGACGGUGGACGAAUUUAUGAAGAUCGACUUGGAGGAGGAGUGCGACCCCCCUUCGUACACGGCUGGGCAGAGGAAGCUACGAAUGAAGGAGCUUGAACAAGUCCUGUCAAAACAACUGGAGGAAGUUGAAGGGGAAAUAUCCAGCUACCAGGAUGCAAUUGAGAUUGAACUAGAGAACAGCCGGCCGAAGGCCAAGGGGGCCCUAGCCAGCCUGACGAAAGACGGCUCCGUUGAGGACACUGCAUCCAGCUUAUUUGGUGAGGAGGAUGCGGAGGACGAGGAGCUGGAGGCCGCUGCCAGCCACCUGAACAAGGACUUUUACCGGGAGCUCCUCGGCAGCGGCAACCCUGGCAGCUCAGAGGCGGGAGGAAGCCCCGAGGCGGGUAGCCGGCCUCCUGCCCUGGAGUCCCUGCUGGGCCCAUUGCCCACGGCGGCCAGCCUGGGCAUCUCAGACUCCAUCCGAGAGUGCAUCUCUUCCCAGAGCCGUGACCCCAAAGAUGCUUCUGGGGAUGGCGAACUGGACCUCAGCGGCAUUGAUGACCUGGAGAUCGACAGGUAUAUCCUGAAUGAGGCAGAAGCCCGUGUGAAGGCCGAGCUAUGGAUGCGCGAGAACGCUGAGUACCUGCGCGAGCAGAGGGAAAAAGAAGCAAGAAUAGCAAAGGAGAAGGAGCUCGGCAUCUACAAGGAGCACAAGCCCAAGAAGUCUUGCAAACGGCGGGAACCAAUCCAGGCCAGCACGGCCGGGGAGGCCAUCGAGAAGAUGCUGGAGCAGAAGAAAAUCUCCAGCAAGAUCAACUACAGUGUGCUACGGGACCUCAACAGCAAGGGCGGGGGCCUGCAGAGGGAGGACGUGCGGCCGGAGGACAGGGCCAGUGCCAGGAAACUGUCACGGAGGAAAACGCCGGCCAGCAGGAGCGGGGCUGACCCCGUGGCCAGCGUGGGGAAAAGGUUGAGGCCAAUGGUGUCAACACAGCCAGCUAAGAAGGUGGCUGUGGGAGAGGCCUUGCUCCCGAGCUCCCCUCUUGCGGGAGCUGAGCCUGCCAGGCCUGCGGUGGUCGUGGUAGAGAGCGGACCUGUGUCCUACCACCCCGAGGAGGAGCCUGAGGAGGAGGACCCUGACGAGGAGGACGGGGAGCCGUGCGUCAGCGCCCUGCAGAUGAUGGGCGGCAACGAUUAUGGCUGUGAUGGUGAUGAUGACGAUGGCUACUGAGCUGUGACCUCGCAGCCAGGUGACGUCCUGGUGGGACACCCUGCCGGUGCCUCAGGAGGGAUCCAGCAGCACCUCUAGGCUGGGCCCGUGGGCGCGAGUGCUGAGACUCUUGGUGACCAGACGGGCAUUGCUCUCUGGUCCACAGCCCUCAUCCGUGGCCAUACGUGGCCUCCGUGGCACUUGCUGUUGGGACCACGUUUUGAGCAGUGUCAGGAGUGUUUCUGCCCAGCGAAGGGGCUGGACCGACAGUCUGCGUGUCAGGUCAGAUGCAGGUCUCACAGUGCCAGAACUCUCACAGGCAGGCUCUGUGGUGUUUCCAUGUAAGGAAACAGGCCUAGUGCUUGUCCCAGGCGAGUGGAGGACCAGGCAGCCCAGGGCCCCUCUCUGCCCCUUGUGGAGCCAGUGCCCUGCACCCUGCCCUUGAGAAGCACUUUGCGUCCAGCCCCUCCCUCUGCUGGUCCAGCCAGACCUCCAGCCUCCCUUCUGCCCCCUGGGCGCUGGAGUCCACAGGCUGCCUGGCCCCAGUCUGGCCCACCAGUGACUUGAGUUGGUUCAGCAUCACUCAGCAGUCUCACGACCAGCUGGCUCUUCUGUGCCCGUGCGCACAGCUGUGCUGGGCGAUGCCGGCAGCUGAGCCCGGUGGAGAGCUGCGGAUGCUUCCUGUCUGAGCCGCCCUGCUCUGGAUGGUUCCUGCCGCCCUGAGCCAUUCUGGGGGCCAGGCCUCAUCCUUGCAAGGCCCAGGGCCCAUUUUCAGGGUCUUACCUUCGGCACUGCUGCUCUGGGCAUGGCCGGGGGCAGGACAGGCACUUCUGCCCCUCGAGGCUCCCACCUUGGCUCCACCCCGCCCCCAGGAGAGGAUGACCCCAGUGGCAGAGCCAUACCACCCUGCCUUCCUGGCGCCAGAGCCCCUCGCAGAGCAAAGCGGUCUGCAGGCGGGAUAUUCUGAGGUCCCGUGGCUGUGCCCAUCUGCCUGCACCCUGGGGCUCUUGGAAGUGUGGAGUGGAGGGGUGGAUUGGAUGAAACAAAGAUCUGUUACUUGAGCAGAAACUCGCUG